AUGGGUCAGCACCAGUCGCGGGACGACUCGCAUGGCGGGGAUAGACAUCGACAUCAUGGCGCCGGUACGAAUGGGCCAACUUCUCCAUCCGACCACGAUCCAUAUUCUUCUCGUACUGGCAGAGGCAGCAGGCGGAAUCUAGUAGCAGCUAUUGUGGGAGGCGGAUCAAACAACGAAGUACCGGAGAGGAAGGAGACGGCGGCCGAGCGACAAAUGAGGAGACUCGAGAGGGAGAGGGUUGCAAGAGUAGAAGAGCGAGAGAGAAGCAUUAGGGAGGAGCAUGUAGAUGGUGGAUAUUUGGUUACAAUGGGCGUCUACACUGGCCCAGAAGAUUUCAACAAGGCAAUAGUAAGACAGUUGAUGAUUGAGCGGCGAGUUGCACCUUUUUGGAGGGGGCUAGAUGAUUACGAGAGUGAUUGGACCGAGCAUCAGUUGGUCGCUGCAGGGCGAGGCCUUCCCAUUCCAGCCGCUGAUGAAAUACCUUCCGAAGACAGUGGCAGGCCUCAUUCUUCCAAUUCCGCGAAUGCACCAAACUCGAAUCUACAUAAUUUGACUGUGCCAAUAGCUUCACGAAGCCAAUCUGCUUCAUACGACACCUCUGUUGGCCGCUCACCGUCACACUCAUCUUUCAACACGUCAUCUCCGGCAUCGCCCCUGAAUGCACCUGCCACUUCUACCUCUUUACUCCGACCUCGAGCUAAAACGUUAGGCCUAAAAUCUUCGUCGAAGGAAACCUCGGCAUCGGAUUCGGGACCGCGUGAGAUUCAAUUGCCCAGAGAUUCCCAAGUAAAUGGUCAAGCUAUCGAGGCUUUUCUGUACAAAGACGCUGUUGAAUGCUCAAUAUGCUUGAUAUUUUACCCCCCUUAUCUAAAUAGGACUCGAUGUUGCGACCAAAGUAUUUGCUCGGAAUGCUUUGUACAAAUUAAGAGACCAGAUCCGCAUACGCCAGAACACCACGGUCCACCACAACCCGCGCCCGAUCAAGCCGAAGAUACAGAAAUGCUGGUCUCGGAACCUGCCGCGUGUCCUUACUGUCAGCGACCCGAAUUUGGCGUGACAUACGAACCACCGCCUUUCCGCCGUGGACUUGUUUAUGCAAAGCCACCUCCAGAACUGGCCAACUUCUCUUCGGCCAUGUCAUCGUCGUCAUCGAUCAGUUCACCGCCUAUAACAAGUCCGGGGCUUGCACCAAGAGGCGACAACAGGCGCCGGGCCACUUCAUUGUCAGCUAAUGAUUCAAAUGUCAUUACGACUGACCGCAUCAGACCGGACUGGUCGGCAAAGCUUGAAGCUGCUAAUCUGCGAAAGGCCAAGAAGAACGCCGCCGCUUCGGCACUACACGCAGCUGCCUAUGUACUUCCCGGAACCUCGGAAAACCGCAGCUAUGUUUUCGGACGAAGUCGCUUCGGUAGAAACCGCAACGAUCCUGACAAUAGUGGAUCUGCCACUCCUUUGAACCGCGAUACCAGUUCCAGGACUGCAGCUGAGUCGUCUGGUCAAGCGCGUAGGGAAGGUCGAGACUCUAAUCUUGCUCGAAGAACGAGAGACGUCGAGGACAUGAUGAUGGCUGAGGCGAUUAGACUCAGUAUUGUGGCGGAAGAGGAACGACAGAAGAAGGCCGACAAAGAAGCCGCCAAGGAGGCUGCAAAAAAUGCGAAGAAGCAGGCCAAAGAAGAGAAAAAGAAAGAGAAAAAGGAGAGAAAAUCUAUCUACGGCACUAACGGACAUUCGGCUAGUUCGAGUAUGCUGAAUCUAGGUAACAGUCUAGCUGCUACUUUUACUGGGCGGAGGAGAGGUGAUAGUGCCGCAAGCAAUUUGGCUAUAGAAGUGACACCCGAAGAAGUCGAGGAGCCCCCACAAGGAAAAGGAAAAGGUGUAGCUCGCCCUUAUUUAGGUAACGACGGAAGUGCCACGGACAAUGGACUUCUUGGUGCCCAGCAUUCAGAUCCUUCGACGAGUUGUAGCUUGUUAGAGUCUCAUCAGUCUAUUCCUUCACCUACAAGCCCUGACAAGCCGUCUCACUUACGACAAAUGAGUACCGCAUCUAGCGCUUCAUCUUCAAUGGCCGAGUCAGGUAACGGUACCAAUCCUCAAGGCUCUUCUACAAGUAUCGAAAGUCCUGGUGCUACAGAGACAAAUGAGGGAAACGAAGAUGGCGAUUCAGGAGCUGAGUCUAUGUUCAAUUUCCGGAGCAUAACGGCUAUGAUUGAAAAAGAGAAUGACAACGAGAAGACGCUCAAUGCGGUCCAUGUCGAAAACGCACGUGAAGCAUCGGGCUCUAGACGCGGAAGCCCUGAUGAAACCGCUGCUCAAGACAUGGAUGUAAGCAUGGAAACGUUACGACCUCGAAAUUUUCUCCAGAAAACAGAGCCCAACCACCAAGCUCCAAUGGGGCUCCAGAUGCCAGACACGAAAAUCGAUACCAGUAUUGUCACACCCCAGCUUACGCUUACACCGGAUACUCCGGCUCUCAUGAGUUCAUCAGAGGAGAAUGGGAAACAACUAGGAUCAAAUUUACAAAACCAAUCCAACAACGAAAUAACUCAGUAA